CCUGCGGAUCCACGGCGGAAGAGAGCGGCCACCAAGUACUCAGCGCAGAGCGGCUGCGUCAUUGCGUUGGCACUAGCUCCGACGAGGGUCCACAGCUCGUUCGCAAGCCCCAACAUAUACCAGAGCCAUACCGCCAACCUCCUCCCCUUUGCACACGCUCCGCUGGCGGUCCUCCAGACACGCACACUCCUCCUCAUCGCCGUGCUCACCGCCGUCCCAGUUUCGCUCUACCUCGCCGCCUCCCCCUUCACGCACAUCGCCGCCACCAUGCCGCGCGACCUCAAGAAGCUCAUGCCGCAGGCGCGGUCGGAGGUGACCCAGCCCCUCACGGCCGAGGUGCCCGGCCUGCAGAAGAUUGAUGGCGAGACGAUCCCGCGCCGAAACGCGAAGACGGUGGAUGCGCUGCGCCUGACGCCCAACGACGACAUCAAGACGCUGUACGAUGUGCUCAAGUACUCGUCCGCCAAGUUCGGCAACGCAAAGGCGGUCGGCACUCGCAAGGUGGUCAAUGUCCACGAGGAGACCAAGAAGGUCAAGAAAAUGAUUGACGGCAAGGAGCAGGAGGUCGACAAGAAGUGGCAGUACUUCGAGCUCGGCCCGUACGAGUGGAAGAGCUUCGUCGAGCUCGAGCAGCUGUGCAUCCACGUCGGCUCCGCCAUGAAGCAUCUCGGUUUCGUGCCCUACGACCGCAUCCACUUGUUCGGCGCAACCAGCAUGCAAUGGCUCAGCUCCGCGCAUGGCGCCUUCACGCAGUCGAUGAGCAUCGUCACUGCCUACGACACGCUCGGUGAAGAGGGCCUCAAGCACUCGAUGCUGCAGACCAAGGCCAAGAUCAUGUUCACCGACCCGCAUCUGCUCCCCAAGCUCGUGAAGCCCUUCAACGACGCCAAGGACAUCCGAGUCGUCGUCUACAGCACCAAGGACAAGGCCGAGCUGAAGCACAUUGAAGCCCUCACCAGCGCGCAUCCCCACUUGAAGGUCAUCAGCUUCGACGACCUGGUGACGCUUGGGAAGGAGCACCCCGCCGAACCCAUCCCACCCAAGUCAGACGAUCUCGCCUGCAUCAUGUACACGUCUGGAUCAACAGGAACGCCAAAGGGUGUGUUGAUCAAGCACAGCAACGUUGUCGCUGCCAUCACUGGUGUUGAUGUCAUUGUAGGCCAGUACAUUGGUCCUGGCGACUCUCUACUCACAUAUCUCCCCGCUGCGCAUAUCCUCGAAUUCGUCUUCGAAAAUGCAUGUCUCUACUGGGGAGGAAACAUGGGCUACGGCACCAUCAGGACGCUUUCGGAUACCUCUGUGAGGAACUGCAAGGGUGAUAUCCGCGAGCUCAGGCCUACAAUUUUGGUCGGUGUGCCUCAGGUGUGGGAGACUGUCAAGAAGGGCAUCGUUUCCAAGGUCGAAGCUGGUGGUGCACUGACCUCCAAACUUUUCUGGGGGGCCAUGGCCGCCAAGCAGUUCCUCCUUGGUUCGGGAUUGCCUGGAGCAGGUCUCCUGGACACAGUCGUGUUCAACAAGGUCAAGGAUGCGACCGGUGGACGUCUGCGCAUCUGCAUGAACGGUGGCGGGCCUAUCGCCAAGGAAACGCAGCGCUUCAUCUCCUACGCUAUUACCCCCAUGAUCAGUGGUUAUGGUCUUACCGAGACCACCGCCAUGGGUGCUCUGAUGGACCCGCUCGCGUGGACCGACCAGGCGCUCGGCGAGACCCCCGCGUCCGUUGAGGUCAAACUGGUCGACUUCGCCGAUGCCGGAUACUACUCCACCAACAAGCCACCGCAGGGCGAGAUUUGGAUUCGCGGCGGUGGUAUUGUCGCUGGUUACCUCGAUCUUGAACAGGAGACCAAGGAGGCCUUCACCGACGACGGCUGGUUCAAGACCGGCGACAUCGGCGAGUGGGACUCCAAAGGCCAGCUCCGCAUCAUCGACCGCAAGAAGAACCUGGUCAAGACCCUCGCGGGUGAAUAUAUUGCGCUCGAGAAGCUAGAGUCUGUCUACCGAUCUGCGCCCGUCGUGGCGAACAUUUGCGUCUACGCGGCUGACGACCAGAUGAAGCCCGUCGCUAUCAUCGUCCCGGCUGAGCCUGCGCUCAAGAAGCUGGCGCAUGAGAACGGCAUCAAGGGCGACAGCUUGGAGGAGCUGGUGCAUAACGAGAAGCUGAAUAGUCUGGUGCUGAAGCAGCUGCAAACCAAGGGCCAGCAGGGUGGGCUUGCGGGCUUCGAGACGAUCGCCGGUGUUGUCAUGGCUGAUGAGGAGUGGACACCACAGAAUGGCUUCACUACUGCCGCGCAGAAGAUUAACCGCAAGGUCAUUCUGCAGACGUACCAGAAGGAGGUCGACAAGGCAUACGGCAAAUAGAAAUACAAUAUCCCCCACCCCACCUUGCCAGCCCAAAAGCUGGUAAGCCGCGGUCCUUGUUGGCGUUCGGUGGAGUUGCGUUUGUGCUUGGUGUGAGCUAAGGUAGUGCGAAAGUGUCUUGUGUUCCAUCUUCUUCACGUGUGAUGAGCGUAUGCGGUGGAAAUUGCACAGUUGACAUUGAACAUUGAUCAUGUAUUGUAGCUAUGUAAUUAAGGAUACUCCUUUUUGCUGAUUG